CUCUCCUAUCGCUUCACCACUAGAUGUAAAUGUGGGUGAGGUGAAAAAAAACCUGAUCUUUCGUUUCCAAAAUAAUUUCCUCCUCUCUCAUUCCUCUCUUCCUGCUUUCCCUCCCUCCCUCCCUCCCUCUUUCACUGCCUGUAAAAGAUAUGGGAACAUCCUUGAGUUAGGAGGCACGUUCAUACAUAGAUGACUGUCUACUGAUCUGCAUCAGCUGAGAGUUUAUUGCAAAUCUCAAGUGGAACUACAAGUAGGAGAGAAAUAACCACCAACCACAGAGGUGGAUGCACUGCAGCCUCCGGAUAAAGGGUAGCAAAGGCCCAUCUGAGCAGGGAGUAUACCAUCAAAACAGAAAACCAGAGAGGAAGGACAACAACAUGCAGACAAAACAAAACAAAAGGAUGGUCUUUUCAUUCCAGAUACACAAAUCUAUUUUUCUCAUGCUACUACUCAAUGUCCCACUUCCCAGCACAUGUCAGACCACACUGAAUGCCAGCACCCUCAACCAAAYCAUCCCUCCCASUGCUGCCACUAGCUCUAAUGCUAUCCCMRAUACCACCACUAACAAUCCCACUGUAAAAUCCACUAUCAACCRAGGYACCAMUUCCUUCCUCCAGCGCAACUCUUCCUCAAACUCYACUUCCCAGGAUGCAAUMCUGGGRUGUGGGGCGGAUCUSGACCCCGUGUACUCCUACCUGUGUGACCGUCAGGCGGCGUGGGGUAUCGUGGUGGAGAGCCUGGCCUCACUGGGUUUUGUGGUCAGUUCAGGRCUGMUGGYGGGGCUGCUGUUCUGGACCCUGUGGAUGUGUGUGUCGUCCCGCCAGCGCAGGGGCAUCGGGGGGAGCGUAGCCUCCAUGGCUCUGUUCCUGCUCAGCACGGCGGGGGUCUUUGCCCUGACCUUUGCCUUCGUCAUCCGCCUCACCACCCAGACAUGCCCCACGCGCCUCUUCCUGUUUGGGGUGCUGUUCUCCCUGGCUUUCUCCUGCCUGCUGGCUCGCUGCCUGGCCCUGCUGGGCUUCUCUGUGGCCCGGGGCUGGGGGGAGGCUGGGGUGGCCCUGGCCCUCUUCACCCUCCAGGUGGUAAUCGCUACAGAGUGGCUGAUCAUCGUGCUGCUGCGGGACGGCCAGCCCUGCCAGUACUCCCAGGGGGAGUUUGUCAUGUUGCUCAUCUACGUCCUGGUUCUGCUGGCCACCGGCCUGGUCCUCUCCCUAUGCUGCCUCUGCCGCUCCUGUCUCACCUACAGCUACAGCGGGGGCAGCCACCGACAGAGCCAGGUCCAGGCCACACUGCUCUGCCUCACCCUGCUGGUGUCUGCUGCCAUCUGGGUGGUGUGGAUCGCCCUGCUGACCCGGGGUAACAUGGAGAUGGGCCGGCGGCCGCAGUGGGACGACCCGGUGCUGAGUAUAGCCCUAGUGGCCAACGGCUGGGUCCUGCUGCUGGGCCAUGGACUAGCCCAAGUGGUUCUCCUCUGCAGGUGGGAGGCCAGCUCCAAGGAGGGCCCCCUAGAAUUUGGCGGAUGGACCAGUCCCAACGCCAACCUGCCAGGGCUGGGGAGCCCGAAAGAAGGGAGGGAGAACAGAAGCUUUGAGAACGACGGCAGAAAACAAGACCCCGUUUUCCAAUCACCAUAUGAGUCUGGAUUCUCAAUGACAGAAAUAGAUCCUGACAAAGAUUACUCCAUCCCUCGUCCUCAGACCACCAACAUCAGCGAGCCCUAUGAUGUAUACUAUGGACACAGCCUGUCUGAUUAAGAUCACUUUGCUUCUCAUGUACAUACACCCACAGACAAAGACAACCUAACAGCUUAACAUAUAAAAAAACGUUACACCCGCAAUAGCAUCUGCUAUAUAUGUGAAUGUGACUAAUACAAUUUGAUUUGAUUUAUACAUGCACUCUCACAUGACCCAGAAAUGUUUUGUAAGUUCAGCUACAAAUGUAUAUGUCUUGAAUAGAACCUGCAUUGCAACAUGAUUUCCAUAAUUACGUGACUAAGGCUCAAUUGAUUAAUUACAUUUUUCUUUACUCAGGAUCCAGAUAGAAUGAGCUUACUGAAUCUGAGCUAAUGUGACAAGAGUGUUUUUGCAACAUGCUGCUUGAAAACACCAGAGACAGUGUCUAAUAGUCUCAGGCAGGAGGAGGCGUGAAUCUGUCUGUAUCAGGGUGCCAAACUGCAGGGAUGGGCAGGGGCAGUGCCAGGCAUGCGUGAAACUGCAGGGAUGGGCAGGGGCAGCGCCAGGCAUGUAUGAAGGAGACAGGACCUGGCAGCGAUAAAAUAGACCCUUGUCAUCAUGUCUUAACAUCUUACGUAAAGGUGGAUGCCAUUUCUUUUUACAUCCCACUUUAUAAAUACAUGUUUAAAUCAAUGUUAUGCUAUGCAUAUUGUGCCGUUUGAAAAAGUGUUAUUAAAAUGGAAUGUUAAAAGGUACAUUUGUUAGUCAUA